UAACGCAUCUCACCCUUUCCCGGCCCCAUGCUCCAAACCCUAGAAAAAGGAACCGGAAGGUGGGAGAGAGACGCGCGCGCCCCCAAGCAACUCCUUCCUUCCCCGCCCUUCGGACGUGUAGCAGACCGCUCCCUGUAAGGUAGCCUGUCCCGCCCUAUCCUCGCCUUCGUCCUCGCAUCUAUCCUCCCUGCCGGCAGCAUUCGGAUCCGUUGCUAGGGUUUCACCGGACCUCCCUCGAGCUUACCCCUCGCGAAAUGGCCGUCCAGCCGUCGGUCGCCGGCCGAUCCCCGUUGUCGGCCCAAGUGGUGGGGAACGCGUUUGUUCAGCAGUACUACCAUAUCCUUCAUCAGUCGCCCGAGCUGGUCUACCGGUUCUACCAGGAGAGCAGCAAGCUCGGCCGGCCGGAUGCCCAUGGCGCCAUGAGCUUGAUCACCACCACCGAGGCGAUCAAUGAGAAGAUAUUGUCUAUCGGCUUUGUUAGAGUGGAGACGAAAUCGGUGGAUGCCCAAGAAUCUCUUGGCGGUGGGGUGAUUGUUCUUGUGACCGGGUUCCUCACUGGAGAGGACACUGUUAAGAGAGACUUCACCCAGUCUUUCUUUCUUGCUCCCCAGGACAAGGGUUACUAUGUCUUGAAUGACAUAUUUAGGUUCGUGGAAGAGGCAGACAACCAGCCAGAGCACCAAGGCUUGGUGAAUGGUACUAGUGCACCUCAUGUACCGGAGCAUGGUUCCCCAACACAAAAGGAGCAGCACGCCCUGGAACAAAUGUCCCCAUCGGCAGUAGAAGAUGAGGGCGUGAGCGAGGUGGAAGUCUAUAAUCCUUCAGACAAUGGGGAGGUAGUAGAAGAGGAAGAACCCAUGGGGGAGGUGAUUAAUGAAGCUCCAAACACUUGUCAAACAGCAGUGGUUGAAUCACGUGCUGUGACGACCCAAGAAGAGUUGCCAAAGAAAUCAUAUGCUUCAAUUGUGAAAAUAUUAAAAGGUAGUUCUUCUGCAUUUGUUCCAGCACGUAUUCCUUCUAGGCCUACAUCGAUUAAAGCAGAGUCACAGGCACUCCCUACUCCAGCAGCUGAUGUGCCUGCAUCCAGUUUUAAUGCUGCAGAAAGCAGCAAUAUGCAAGAGGCAGAGGCUGAUGGUUAUUCCAUAUAUGUGAAAAAUUUACCUUUGGAUGCAACCCCUGCUCAACUUGAAGAGGAGUUCAAGAAGUUUGGUGCCAUCAAGUCCGGUGGCAUACAAGUUAGAAGUCAUAAGCUGCAAGGUUUCUGUUUUGGCUUUGUGGAGUUUGAGGCUGCUAGUGCUGUUCAAAGUGCAAUAGAGGCCUCACCUGUAAUAAUUGGUGGUCGCCAAGCUUAUGUUGAGGAAAAGAGGACUACAGGUUCACGAGUUAGCAACAGAGGAAGAUUUGCACCUGAUAGAGGGGGUGGGUUCUACAAUGAUGGGAGAGGGCGUGGUUACUAUGGUGGUGGGAGGGGUUAUGGUAGAGGGGAUUACAAUGCUCGACCUGAUUUUGGAAGUAGAGAUGGGGGUAGGGGAAGAUCUUCAAAUCGCAGAAGUGAUGUUGGGUACCAGAGGGUUUGAGCACAUGGAUCUGAGUAGUGAUUCAGCACUGUUUCAUCAGCCAUUACGGGUUGCACAAAAAUUGAAUCACCAGGAUUGUGUUGGUGGUAUUGCGGUUUCAAGUGAGCAAGAAUUUAAGAGCAUUUUAUAGGAUGGGAAGUCUUCUUUUGUUUUUUCAUACUAUUUUUGCUAGCGACACUACAUGGAACAAAAUUUUAAAGGUGACUGUAGAGUAUGAUACCAUGAGAAUGUUAUUUGAGGGCUACAAGUUGCUAUAUUUCCUCCUUUUCAUAAUGUCUUAAUCUAGUUUUUGAUUCUCUUUGUAAUUUUAAUGUAGUAGGAUUACUGUUCUCUACCCUCUUUGUUAUUAAUGGAUCUCAGCAUGUGUGACUAUUGAAAAUUA